AUGGCUGCGAUAGGUAAUGGACGGGGAACGAUGGAUUCCCAAAAUCAAGUGCAAAGUGAUACAGUAGAUCGUUUAAAGUUGCUUUAUCCAAAUGUGAAUGAAGAUGAGACACCCUUGCCUAGAUCUUGGAGCACAAAAGACAAAUUCAGCUACAUCGGGCUGUCGCAAAAUAAUCUCCGAGUGCACUAUAAAGGUCAUGGCAAAACCCACAAGGACGCGGCGAGCGUGCGCGCGACCCACCCGAUCCCGGCGGCUUGCGGCCUCUACUACUUCGAAGUGCGCAUCGUCUCCAAGGGCAGGGACGGCUACAUGGGCAUCGGGCUGUCUGCGCACGGGGUGAACAUGAACCGCCUGCCCGGUUGGGAUAAGCACUCGUACGGCUACCACGGCGACGACGGUCACUCGUUUUGCUCGUCUGGCACGGGACAGCCUUACGGACCCACCUUCACCACCGGCGACGUGAUCGGUUGCGGCGUCAAUCUCGUAGACAACACAUGCUUCUACACGAAGAACGGUCACCACCUCGGCAUCGCGUUCAGAGGAUUACCGCCGAACCUGUACCCGACGGUGGGACUGCAGACGCCUGGCGAGGUGGUGGACGCGAACUUUGGACAGGCGCCGUUCGUGUUCGACGUGGAGGAUAUGCUGCGGGAGCUGCGAGCUCGCACGAGACUCACAAUCGACCAGUUCCCGCUGCCAGAUGCACAGGGACAGUGGCAGCAAGUGCUGCACAGGAUGGUGUCGUCUUACCUGGUACACCAUGGCUACUGCAGUACAGCGCAGGCCUUCUCGCGCGCCACUGGACAGCACAUCGACGAAGAUAUCGCCUCCAUUAAAAAUAGACAAAGGAUAUCGAAGCUGGUGCUGUCGGGGCGCAUCGGGCGCGCGCUGGAGGCGACGCGGCGCGCGUACCCCGGCCUGCUGGAGCGCGACCCCGACCUGCUGUUCCUGCUCAAGUGCAGGCAGUUCGUCGAGAUGGUCAACGGUUCCGACUCCGAGGUGUGCGGCGACGGCGAAGAGGAGUCGGACGAGGAGGUGGAGGGUGUGGCGUGCGCGGGGGCGGGGGCGGGGGCGGGCGCGGCGGCGGGCGGCGCGCUGAACGGCGCGGCCGCGUCCGUGAUCGCGCACACCGGGCCGCGCGCACACCGCGCCAACGGUGUAACAGAACUGAACGAGGAAACGCGCGAUGGUGAUGUGGAUAUGACGUCACCGACAAACGGCGAACACGCAGGUCGCGAGCUGCCGCUUGUGAAGGGCAUGCCCGGCGUGACCGCGAGCGUCGCCGCGCUGCUGCCGCGCCGCCAGGAGGGUGCGGGGUGGUCGCGUGCUUCGGUGGAGCGAAUGCUGGCGUUCGGGCGCGAACUGUACGCCAUGAGCCAGCGCCUGCAGCACGACGUCUACCACAAGGCCAUGCUGGAGGACGCGUUCAGCCUGUUGGCGUACAGCAAUCCGUGGGACAGCCCGGUGGGCUGGCAGCUGGAGCCUGUGCGACGAGAGGCCGUUUGCGAGGCGCUCAACUCCGCCAUAUUGGAGUCGCAAGGCAUGCAGUGGAUCUCGCCCGUGGAGGCGUGCGUGGCGCACUCGCGCGACCUGCUGCGCCGCAUGGCGCGCGCCGCGCUCGGCGCCUGCGCCUUCGCCGACCUGCCGGCGCUGCUGCGCCGCUGA